AUGGUGAUGAUACAAGACACGAGCAUGUCUUCUCAAUAUCGUGAGAAGCGAUCACUUUCCUCCACGCCGCCGCGCUUCUUUUUCGGCAAACUCCACAUCAACGUACGUUUGUGUGACACACAAUCACGCGCACCGCAACCCUUUUGCAGAGCACAAUGAAAGCGAUCGUCUCGUUCGGCAUCAUUGUCAUUCUGCUGCUCGUCGUCCUGCUCUACUUCAAGUUCGCCAAGGCCAUGUUCAUUUUGCUCGUGCCCACCUCCGUCUCCGUCAUGACCGUCGUGGCGAUCGUCGCCAAAAAGCAUCGGCUCGUCUAUCCGGUCUUUGCCAUCUCGGUUCGCGCCGUUUUUUCUCUAAAAAAUCACAAAAAAACGCAUGUUACAGAUGUUCCACGUGAUUCUGUCGGUGUACGCUCUGCUCAUCUUCAGCUUCUACUUCUUCUUCAAACCAUUCUACAUUCUCAUGGUUUCGAAUUGGGCGUUCGACAGUCAGUUCGAUUGGUGGCCUAGAAAACGCGAAAAUUCAGUUUUCAGCCAUGCACAACGACAAAAACGCGGCGUUCUACUUGCAAUCGGCGGCCGUCUACCUUUUUCUCACCUCUUUCCUGGCGUUCAACUGGUGGCAAGGCCACGUGGCACUCAACUACAUCGUAAGUGCGCUCCAUUGACAAACGUGGAAAUAUCGGUAUUUUUCACCGCAGAAAAUUGGUAAAUAUCGAGUUUUAUCAGUUUUUAUCGGUAUUGUUUGCCGAGAGAGUCAAUCGAUAAUUUCAGAAGCACAUUCGCGAGGAGAACGACGACGAGCCACGUCAAUUGCAUCAACCGACCAUUGUGACCGUCAACAAGCCAAUGUACUAG